UCUCUGCUUUGAUUCCUCACCCUCAAUGAUUUCUUCAAAUCAAAUAAAUUAAAAACUCAAUUUUUAAAUCUCUCUCAUCUUCUAUAUAUAUAUAUAUAUAUAUAUAAAUAAAAAUCUAGGUCAAAUCAGAUUAGGGUUGAGAUGAGAGACGCCGCCAUGGACGGAGGAGGCGAUGGUCGAUUCAACGGCGGCCGUGGCGGUGGCGUUCAGAUCCACCACAGCCGGAAGCUUCCCGAUUUCCUCCAGAGUGUGAAUCUCAAGUACGUAAAACUAGGUUAUCACUACUUGAUCUCUCAUCUAUUGACUCUAUGUCUCAUACCUGUAAUUGCUGUGAUUUUGGUCCAAGCUUCUCAAAUGAACCCUAAUGACGUUCGCCAGUUAUGGCUUCACCUUCAAUACAAUCUCGUCAGUGUUAUUGUUUGCUCUGCUUUUUUGGUUUUCGGAUCCACUGCCUAUAUCGUGACUCGCCCUAGACCUGUUUAUCUUGUUGAUUAUGCCUGUUAUCGUGCUCCUGAUCACCUUAAAGCUUCGUCUUCCCGGUUCUUGGAGCACUCGAGGCUCACCGGGGACUUCGAUGAGUCUUCCUUGGAGUUCCAACGCAAGAUCUUGGAGCGUUCGGGGCUCGGGGAAGAGACUUAUGCCCCUGAAUCUAUGCAUUGUAUUCCUCCAAGACCGUCUAUGGCGGCUGCGAGAGAGGAGGCCGAGAUGGUCAUGUAUGGUGCUUUGGAUAAUCUAUUUGCUAAUACCUCGAUUAAACCUAAGGAUAUUGGUGUUCUUGUUGUGAAUUGUAGUUUGUUUAAUCCGACUCCUUCUCUUUCUGCUAUGAUUAUAAAUAAGUAUAAAUUGAGGGGUAAUAUCCGGAGUUUCAAUUUGGGGGGUAUGGGUUGUAGUGCAGGGGUGAUUGCUAUUGAUCUUGCCAAGGACAUGUUGCUAGUUCAUAGAAAUACUUUGGCUGUUGUUGUUAGUACGGAAAACAUGACCCAGAAUUGGUAUUUUGGGAAUAAGAAGUCUAUGUUGAUACCCAAUUGUUUGUUUAGAGUUGGGGGUUCUGCGGUUUUGUUGUCGAAUAAGUAUGCUGAUAGGAGGCGGGCCAAGUAUAAGCUUGUUCAUGUUGUGAGGACCCACAAGGGGGCAGAUGAUAAGGCUUUUCGUUGUGUUUAUCAAGAGCAGGAUGAUGCAGGGAAGACUGGUGUUUCAUUAUCCAAAGACCUCAUGGCAAUUGCUGGUGGGGCUCUUAAAACCAACAUCACUACAUUGGGUCCUAUUGUGCUCCCAAUUAGCGAGCAACUUCUGUUCUUUGCUACCCUGGUGGUCAAGAAGUUGUUUAAUAAAAAUAUCAAGCCUUAUAUCCCAGAUUUUACGCUUGCAUUUGAUCAUUUCUGCAUACAUGCUGGGGGAAGGGCUGUGAUUGAUGAGCUGGAGAAGAAUUUGCAGCUGCUGCCAAUUCAUGUGGAAGCAUCUCGGAUGACCCUCCACCGAUUUGGGAACACUUCAUCGAGCUCCAUUUGGUAUGAACUGGCAUACAUUGAGGCCAAGGGGAGGAUGCGAAAAGGGCACCGAGUCUGGCAGAUUGCGUUUGGGAGUGGUUUCAAAUGUAAUAGUGCAGUCUGGAAGGCACUUCGAAAUGUGAAGCAGCCUCGUAAUGGUCCCUGGGAGGAUUGCAUUGACAAGUACCCUGUGGAACUAGUUUCGUAGCUCAUUAUUCCGGGUAUUGCUUGUCAGUAGUUUAGCACGUCUUCUCAAAUUCUUGCUAUUCUACUCCAUCAGGUGGUCUCUUCAUUCGAUUAUUGAAAUGUAUUUUCCUUUUUACUUUUUCUUACGUAGACCGCUGUUGAUUUUUUUGAUUUGCUGAUUUUGUACCGUACCAUCUAGACAAUUUUCAUCCUGCAUAACUUUGUGAUUGUGAUAAUGCUGAGGCUGUGUGUAUUAUAAAUUUCCGCUUCAAAGUGUUAUGUCGUUCUAUUCUA